GGACAUGAUUAUUAGACAAGCCAGAAAAUAAUUAAGCAAUUGAUUCUAGUAUGGCCUUCUAGUAUAACUCUAUUUAAAAAAAAUAAAACUAUUUGCAAAAUAUUGAGAAGAUAUUUGUUCUGUUUUACUUAACGGGCUAAAUUGGCACGAAUAUUCACGAUCUCGAUAUUUUCCCCUUCGGUAACGUUCGGAUUAAAAAUGGCUGCUUCUGCAAGAAGAAUCUUCCCUGCAUUUGUGAAAGAGGUCAGAAUAACACUGUGUCAACGUUCACCAUCGAGCCAAGGUACCAGAGAUUUUAUAGAAAAGAAUUAUGUCUCUAUAAAAAAACAGAACCCUAAAUUUCCUGUAAUGAUCAGAGAAUGUAGUGGAGUCCAACCAAAAAUGUUUGCUAGAUAUGAUUUUGGUAGAGAAAAGCAGGUUUCACUGGCCAAUAUGAGUAGUGAUGAAGUAGGCAAGGCAAUGGAGUCACUUCUGACGAAUGCGUAGAAGAUGCAUUUAAUUCCACUGGUUUGAACACUGAAAUGCUUUCAUUUGAAAUCCUAUAAAGGGUUUUUAUAUUUAGUGCAUGGGUUGACAUUCCUGGUAUGGCAUUGUAAUUAUUUCCUUGGGCUUGAAGCUACUCAUAUUUUCUAGAAAAAUUAAUUUGAAACUUUGUGUGUUGAAAAGAUAGAUAUGCAGUUGCAGUAAUAAAACUACUUGUUGUUAACAAC